AUGGCCAAGCUCAAUAUCGGAUUAGUCAAGUCUGUUGCCGUCAUUGGAGGCGGCCCGUGUGGGGCGGCCACCAUCAAGGCAUUGCUCAAAGAAGCAGCCUUCUCGAAGAUCGUCGGGUUUGAGCGUCGUGCUGGCACUGGCGGCCUGUGGAACUACUAUGACUCAAACAAGGGCCCGGAGCCUACCAAGGUUCCUUCCACAGAUCCGCACCGCCUCGACUCAAUCAGCCCGAUCCGCCUCGCCAGCGACAAGUACGUCUGGCCCAGCGCCAUCUACGAGCUCAUGGACACUAACGUCCCGUACCAUAUCAUGGAGUACAGUGGCUUCCCCUUCCCGAAAAACUCACCCCUGUUCCCUACAAAGCAGCAGGUGCUCGAGUACAUCCAGGAAUACUCCAAGGAGGUCGAGCCGUACAUCCACUUUGGUACCAACGUUGUGUCGGUGAAGUUCCGGCCCGACGAGACCCACCGGUGGCAGGUCACGUACCGUAAAGUGUGCGACGCCACAGCCGGGGGUCUUAAGGAAUCACCAGAUCACCCCGACCAAACCGAGGAGUUCGACGCGGUCUUGGUCGCAUCCGGCCAUUACGAGCUGCCCUAUGUGCCCGAGAAGCCUGGGCUGGCCGAUUGGGCCCUCAAGUUCCCGGGAUCGGUGUCGCACUCGAAAAACUACCGUCACCCUCGCCAGUUUGAAAACCUAGACGGCAAUUUGGUGGUGGUGGGAAACUCCGCGUCUGGAUCAGACUUGGCGUACCAAUUGGCUUCCUACCUGAACCGUAAAGUGUACAAAAGCGCGCGGUCAAAGUCCAUGCUCCCCGGAGGAAGCAGCGACUACAUAAUCACCGUCCCGGACAUCGCCUCGUUCGAGCCCGAAACGAAGUCUAUCAGGUUCCAGGACGGCACCGUGGUGGAGAACGUUGCGCACAUCAUUUUUGCCACCGGUUUCCUUAGACACUACCCCUUCUUGGACGAGAUCAACUCGUCACAAACACCAAUUGUCACUGACGGCCUUAGACUCCACGGCUUAUAUAAGCAGUGUGUCAGCUACAAUUUCCCCGGGCUGGCGCUGAUUGCAACUCCCCGGUACGUGCUGCCUACACGUCUGAGCGAGACUCAGGCGAUCUGGCUGGCCAAGAUCUUCCAGGGCCAGCUGGAGCUGCCGAGCAUCGAGGAGAUGAAGCAGGACGAGCUCCGCACGGUCGAAUUGAUGGGCGACUCUCCGAAAUUUCACAACCUCUUUUAUCCGGAUGAUGUGCGCUACGCAAAGGAGCUCAACAAUCAGAUUUACUCUACACCAGACUGGGACUCCAAGCUAGCUCCUGUGGAGUGGAACGAAAGAGACAUGCAGUACCGUGCCUCUGCCACUGCGAUGAAGGAAGCGUACAUCCGGUACCGGGAGCUGAACAACGGCGAGCGGGUGACCGACGUGGACGCAUUACGUCAGGGCGUGGAAUUCGAGCUGGAACCUGUUGACGAGGAGGUGCUUAAACUUUAA